AUGUCAAAAGAAAAAAUAGGCAAUAAGUUUGGAAAAGGAAUUGAAUUUCGUGAAGGUUCGCCAAUUCAAUUAUUAAGUUAUAGUGAAAAAUCCGAAAAUGAAAAAUUUGGUCAAAUUCUUCUUAAUCCGGAAGCAUUAAAUAUUCUUCGGGAAAUUUACGAACCUCUUGCUAUAAUUUCUGUCAUUGGUUCUUUUUGUCGUGGUAAAUCUUUUUUUGCAAAUGUUUUGCAUGGACGUCAUGAUGGUUUUGACUUAGGGUCAAACGUGGAAGGAUGUACACGUGGAAUAUAUAUUUGGUCUCCUCCUUUCAAAUUAACAAGUGAACAACCUAAUGGUAAAACUAUUCAAAAACGUGUCCUUGUUUUGGAUAGCGAAGGGAUCGAUGAUCCCUCACAGGAUGAAAAUUGGACCAUGAAAUUAUUUAUUUUAUGUUUAGUUAUUUCUUCGACCUUCGUAUAUAAUAUUAAUGGAAUUGUUAACAGGGAGGAUAUAGGAAAACUGCAUUUAAUGACAGAUUUAAGUAAAUUCAUUCAAGAACCGAAGGAUGAAGAUUUUUUACCAAGAUUAGUUAUUUUAUUGCGUGAUUUUGUGCUUGAAAAUCCUGGAAAUUUUAAGGACUAUUUUUUGAAACAAUUGAAUAAUAUCAAUACUGGAGCCGCUAAAGCCAUUCGUGAAUCCUUUCAUGAUUUUGAUGUUUACGGUUUAUCUGUAAGUAUUGGAAAAUUUUUGUAA